GCAGCUGAAGACGCUCCAGCGGCUCGAGAUCCCGUAAGACGAUAUCAAACGUCUCUCUAUGGAGAUCCAGGAUUAUUGAGAUUCCAUGCACUGAGCCAGAGGCAACUUCUGGAGUUGAAGAGAGCAUGCAAUUUGUCGCAAAUCGAUAUAGACACAGUCCGUGACAUCGUUCAAGGGGGCUUUCGACUGGAGAGAUGCCUCCAUGUCGCUUUUUUUCUAAUUCUGUUCGCUUGCGUGCUCUUCGCGAUCCUCUGCUCGUUCUGGUAUUUCCGGUAUCCAUCAGAUUCAUUCUACCACUGGACAUUGGCGCUAGUAUGCGCAACACUGUCUGCCUUGACUUGCAUGUUUUUCGUGAAGCAGCGUGCAACGCAGCGAGCAGCUCACCAGAUCACCAAGGAUCUCAACCAACACUUCCAGGGGCACGCCAGCAAAUUGGUCUUCCACACGAGCGCACGAGCCCGAAAUCUGUGUCGAGUGGAACUUAAGUGGCGAUUCGUGGUGCUGGCUCACUGA